CUCUCUGACUCACUGUCUGCUUGUUGUGAAAUUUAGAGCCUCACCACCAGGUGGAGCUGUCCUGCAGAGCGACCAAAGUGUGAACAAGACGACGACAAUCAACAAUCGUCAGUCAGAAUCAGAAUGGACAAAGAGCCAGAGUUUAUAAUCUCCGACCUCCUGGCACAAGGGGAGGAAUAUCGACUGUACCAGCUGACAAAGUUCUACAGGGACAGACUCAAACAAGCAAUUGAAGAAAAGGUUGAGAGACUGGGUUGGAUGUUGACAAAGGAGGGACAUUUCAGUAGAGAAGAAAAUGAGAAAGUCACUGAGCUGACAGAGAAGGGAAACCGGGCAGAGAGUUCCAGACUCUUCCUCAGUCUGGUGAAUGGCAAAGGCUCCCGGGCCCGGAGGGCGAUGUGGGAAUCCUUUCUGAUGUGGAGGACUGAGUUACCGAAGUUGGACAGAAUACUGAGGGAAAUACAGGAACUCGGUCCUGAUCCACAAGAAUACUUCAACAUCGGCCAAGGUUUAUAUGAAUUACCCACUCAGCUGAUGGAUGUUCAACAGAAACACAAGGAGACUCUGCGGACACGAACUGAAACACUGAGAGUGAACACGAUCCUGAUGACGGAGAAGGUGAAGGUUUUCCAGCUGGCUGAUCGAUACGCUGAGCUCACGGUCAUUUCUACUGUUCGAGAUCGGACACUGGUGGAACAUGAGCUGCUGGCAAGAGGCAGAGACCAUGAGGAUUAUAGAGAGGAACAACUCCGCAGACACCUGGAAAAAAUCCGUACUGAUCAGUUAUUCCAGAGCAGCUUUUCCCGGAGUAAAUCCAAAUCUGGGAGUUCAGCAGCAAUGGCCGGAGUCCCGGGGAUCGGGAAAACAACGAUGGUACAAAAGAUUGUUUAUGACUGGGCCACGGGGGAAAUAUACCAACAGUUCCAGUUUGUCUUCAGUUUCAAAUUCCGAGAUUUAAACACCAUUAAUUGUAGAAUAAACCUGAGGGAGCUGAUUCUGGAUCAGUAUCCUUACUUUGGGAAUAUCCUGAGAGAAGUCUGGAAGAAUCCAGAAGGAUUACUGUUUAUAUUCGAUGGUUUAGAUGAAUUCAAACACAAAAUCGAUUUUGCGGACAGUCGGAGGGAUACAGAACCAAAGCACCAGUGCCCAGAUCCCGAGUGGUGGUGUGAAGUGUCUGACAUUGUGUACAGUUUAAUCCAGGGCAAUCUGCUCCCAGGGUGUUCAGUGCUGGUGACCACCCGCCCCACUGCGUUACAUUUAUUGGAAAAGGCGGAUAUCAGUGUCCGGGCUGAAAUCCUGGGCUUUGUUGAUGAGGAACGGAAGGAAUAUUUCAUCAGACAUUUUGAAGAUCAGACGGUGGCCGAAGCUGUUUUCAAACAUGUGAAGGAGAACGAGAUCCUGUACACCAUGACCUACAACCCCUCCUACUGCUGGAUCCUCGCUCUGGCACUGGGCCCCUUCUUCAUACAAAGAGUCAGGGACCCACAGCGAGUUCCCAAGACCAUCACCCAACUGUACUCCUACUAUAUUUACAACAUCCUGAAAAACCACGGCCGUGCGAUUGAGAGACCCCGCGAUGUGUUACUCAGGGUUGGUCAGAUGGCCUUCAAAGGAGUGUCCGAGAAGAAGAUUGUGUUUACAGAUGGAGAUUUGAUCAAGUACAAUCUUCAGCCUUCCCAGUUCCUGUCCGGGUUCCUGAUGGAGCUUUUGGAGAGAGAGGAUUCUGCCCAGAGCGUGGUGUACACAUUCCCACACCUCACCAUCCAAGAGUUUGUAGCUGCGGUCGCACAAUUCCUGAAUCCACAUCCCGGGAAUAUCCUGAAAUUCCUCACUGAAGCCCACAACACGACAGAUGGGCGAUUUGAGGUAUUUCUCCGUUUUGUUGCUGGUCUCUCCUCCCCAAUGACAGCUCGGGGCCUGGUGGAGUUUCUGGGUCCAUUUCCUCAUGAAACAACCUGCCGGGUGAUUGACUGGGUGAAGGAGGAGGUUAAACGUCAGAGUGGAAACACGGAGAGUGAAGCUGGUAAAAGGAGCCUCCUGAACACAUUGCACUACCUGUUUGAGUCUCAGAAUCGUGGACUGGCUCAGGCCGCACUGGGAUCUGUGGAAACACUUUCAUUCAGUAGAAUGACACUGACCCCGAUUGACUGCGCGGUCCUGUCUCAUGUCAUCGGAUUCUGUGAUACAAUAAAGCACCUCGACCUGGAGUACUGCCACAUUCAGUGUGAAGGAAUCCAGCGGCUGGGACCUGGGCUGCACAAGUGCCAGGAUUUGAGUCUGAACAAUAAUAAACUGGGGGAUUCAGGAGUGAAACUGGUGUCUGCGGCUCUGAGGAACCCGGAGUGUAAAAUACAGAGACUGGGGCUGAGGGGUGUCGAUCUCACAGACUCUGGUGCCCAGGAUCUCGCCUCCGCUCUCAGUACAAACCCAUCACUGACCGAUCUGGACCUGAGUUAUAUUAAACUGGGAGAUUCAGGAGUGAAACUGGUGUCUGCGGCUCUGAGGAACCCGGAGUGUAAAAUACAGACACUGGGGCUGAUGAAUGUCGGUCUCACAGAUUCUGGGGCCGAGGAUCUCGUCUCCGCUCUCAGUACAAACCCAUCACUGACGCUGCUGAACCUGAUAUCAAACUCCCUGGAGCGGAAUCGGUUCAAAUCAUCCUCGCGGACCUCCUGUGAAAUCCUUCUGAAGCCAGCACGACUUUUCGUAGGCGAGGGGCCCAAAGCUGUUCACGGUGCUCGAGGCGAGGCCUCGCCAGUGCCUUAUAAAGCCUCGGCAUCACGUCCCUGCUCCAAGAGUCUGGACCUCUUCAGAUGA